AUGAAGACUGUGUUUAAAGUAAUAGCGGGAGGCUUUACUAUCGCUUCUAGCUUAGACCUGUUGAUUCGUAACUCCACGUAUGAUGAGCUCAUCAGAGCGGUUAACACAUGUGUACUUCCUGCUGGGGCUAACCUAAUUCAGAUUACAGAAGGUUGUCUAUGCCUCAAGGUUCAACUAAUGGACCUUUCAGCUCUUGAGACUUUGUGGCGUUUAUACAAGGAUGGGACACUAAAAGCAAGCUUGCAAGCCUUAUUUGACACAGACGAAAUACGAGAAUUUGCUGGGGGAGAGCACGUGGAAGUGAUUGUGACUAUUGACGAAAGAGAAUACGAUAAAACAAGGAGUGAGCUAGGUAAUGAAGGACAAGGUUACCUAUAAAUCACUCAAAUUAGUUCCUUGAUUGUUUGUUUGUUACAGGAGUCCAUACCCCCGAGCCAGCAACUCCUCUACAUACACCUAUUUCAUGGUUUAUUUUUAUGCACAUUUAAAGCACUUUUUCCCGGCUUCAUCAUAUCGUUUUACAGUGCGACUACUCUAACCCAGGACACCUAGACGAAGUUGACCAGCCGGAUUACAGACGAGAUCUCUCAACAAAUUUUUCCUUGUUGCCUAACCUACUUCCUAAAACCCAAUUUUUUUUCGACAAGAUUCGACAUAAUAAAUGGUGAUGAAAUCCGAUUCUGAUUUCGGGCUUAAGUUCUAAUUUUCGAAUGAGUAGAAUUAAGGUCUUAUUGCAUUUCUAUUUUUAAGGAAUUGAGAUUGGUAAUCAGGUAUAUUUACCAUUGGAUUUCAGAACUUCCGCAAGGAAAGGGUGAAAAACAGCAAACGCAAGGCCUGGAUGAGGAGAAAUUCUCGAACAUUCUGAAGUAUUUAGAAGAAUCUGAGACAAAGAGCGCAACGACAGAAACAAGCGACAGUGGAAUGCGGGAAUCAUGUAGUAUUUCAUCUGAGCUAGAAACGGACGAAUCCAUCGGUAAAUUUAAACUAGUGCAAUAUUCUAUAUAUACAUCUAGUUGGGCUCUUCGAAGAGCGGCUGGGAAUCGAGCCUACUCGCGGUUAUGAUGACAAAUCUAUCCGAGCACUUAACCGUCGGACGUUCAAGUGGAGGGUUGGGGGGGCUUGGGUCGCACGCGUUUUGAGACAAGUUCAGUGAAAAGUCAGACACAAAAAUUAGCAUUUAUCUCGGUUUUCACCAAAUUUCACAUAAAUUUAUUCUUGGUAAAAACCCAACUAAUGACGGCCAAGAUGGCGACCAUUGUUCGUGACGUCACAGGCGUCCAGCAGUGCCACCACUCAGCAAAAUAUACCUCAUUUUCUUGCAAAGAUCAAAGGCUUUCCACUGAAGGCAAAAUCGUUUCGAAAUACUGCAACAUAUCAAAAACUCUUGGGAGAGAGGGGCUCCAUCAACCACAACCCCCCCCCUUCUCUUGUGCCACUGUGAGGGUAUGCAUUUGCGUCUACGUCCGAGGGUUAAGUAUCACUGAUAAAACUAAGAUUGCGAACAUUACUUUUUCUACUCCUCUUCUCAUUCUCCCUAUUAUAUCCUUUCUUUUUGUUUUAUCAUCUCUUCACUUUGUGUAUAUAUAUUUUUCUAUUGUUUUAGUUUUCUUUUAAAUGUUUAUUAUUAUUUGUUUUACUGUCACUCGUAGUCAAUUUACUUUCAACUGUGGUAAGACUUAUAUAGUCAGUCGCGUGCAAUGCAAAGUAGUGACAUUUGAUUAAAAAAAAUAGUAAAUUUUAGGAUUUUAUUACUUUCAAGCGAUACACACCGAGCCCGGAAAGUGAACUGGUCGUUUAACCCAGCUUUUAUUUCGCGCUUUAAUUACAGAUUCUCCACCCACACUCUAUUUGAAAGAUCUAAGUGAAGAAGUGGUCGAAGAAUUGACGUCCAGACUCCAAAGUGACCCAGUUGCUCUGAAGAGAUUUUACCGCAGUCGUUCGGGCUUGAUCCAGAGAAAUUGUACGCCAAAGGAUUUCAAACCAUUGCAGAAAUCUUCCCUGGUACUCCAAUCAAGACUUUAA